AUGAAGCAAGUGGCAGAUAAAAAGAGGAGUGACAGGGUUUUCAAUGUGGGUGACAAGGUGUAUCUCAAGGUUAAGAGAUUCCUCCAGCACUCUUUCUCAGCAACUCCAGCCUCUAAGUUGAGCCCUAAGUACUUUGGGCCAUUUCCUAUACUUGCUAAGGUGGGAAACAUAGCCUACAAGUUACAAUUGCCAGAUGGGGUACCCACUCAUUCUGUGUUCCAUGUGUCACUGCUUAAAAGAGCAGUGGAACCCGAGGCCACGAGCCCAAGGCUACUUAUGGUAGAUGAAGACAUUGAGCUGUCCUUCAUGGUUUUUGGUGGUGAAUUGUCGUGCAUCUUGGAUGUGCAAAGUGAAUCUAUUUGCUCUGGCGUUUCUCAGGUCACUUACUCCUAUUUCUGGAACUUCACAUUUUUCACCAGUGCUGCUCCCUGA